AGUCGAUAUUUAUUAGCCUAAAAUAAUGUCGAUUAAUCCCGUUUUGGCCCAAGAUAUACACACAAAGCAACUCAUGCCGAGCUGCUGCCCCGGCGAGGCCAUGCUUUUGUGCCGCUCUGGUACCAAAUUGACCCUUAAACUUGCAAACAGGACUCUGAGUGGGUGCGGAGACACAUUUUUAACUACACAUCGUAUUGUAUUUGUAAAGAAACAGGACCAGGACUUCAGAAGGGAGUUCACUAGCAUAAGUCUGCCGUAUGCCUUGCUAUCAGAGCCCAGGUUUCACCAGCCGAUUUUUAAAUCAAAUCACUUUGACGGCAAGAUUCAGUCGGAAUUUGGCCAACCGAACCCAUUGGAGAGUGAUGGGCUAUUCUCGAUCAUAUUCAAGGGAGGUGGAUGUGCUCUCUUCUUGAAGGGAUUCUACAUGUUUUAUGCCAAGGUGCACAACGACCCUUCAUUUCAAUCCGUAUCGGAUCCAUUUUGUGACAUUUCAAGCGAUAGGUGUGCGUUCAUCGAUCCAAACGACCCUUCCAGGGUCUACUUUACACAACCUCAAACCGCUCCAGUCCCUGGAGAGACGACGACAACUUCCAACGCUGAGCAAGACGGACAAGUUAUUCAACUCACCGAUGGCCGCGAAGCUCCGCAAGGACCCAGCGCUCCUGACUUGGUAGCGGUGAGGAACCUUGGCACAACUGUGGGAACCGGAAGCCUGAGGUUUAUGUGAUCACUUUGCCAAAUGUAUAGGCGCUAUGUAGCAUAGAAUAUUUUGCCUUGAAA